AAUGCUGAAGCUUUUUGGAAUUCAAAAGAGCACUGAGUCAUCCAAGAAAAGUGCACAACCUGAUGAGGAGGUAGAUGGUUUUGUUAUUUUAGGAGAAACGGCAAGUGAAAAGCAACAUGUGCCAGUUGAAGAUGUGAAGAGCAAAUGCAACCAAUCAACAAAGAAGGGACAGUCAACAAAUUUAUAUUCAGUACAAACAGAUGGAACAUGGACUGCUCAGCAGAUAAAACAAACGAUAGAAAGGUUUCCUGCAACUGCAGAGCUUCUCAGUGAUGUACCAUUUACUUUAGCCCCUCAUAUUCUGACAUUACAGGCCAGUUUUCACAAUUUCCCAGAUACCUUGCAUCUACCAAAGAAUAUGAACGAAACUGUAGCAAACUUCUGGUAUGAUUUUACUCUUGAAAACUCUGUACUCUCUGAUUCCUAA